UUCUCGAGCCUUGAGGUUGCGGGUCAGCGCGAGCCACUGCAGUGAGUCCGUCACGGCUCCGGCGCGAGCGCGAGGCUGCAGUCCCCGAGCCGCCUGGCCCUCUGGGUCCCCCUCUUCCCCCGUCCUUUUCUGCUUGCCUGCCUGCUUCUCGCCUCGUCUCCUCCCGCGCUCGCUCUCAAUCUCGACCUGAAUUUUGCUUCUCCCCACCCCGGCCCUGUCCACUCCCCUCGCGUGCCCAGUCACCCGGCCGGCGCGGGCCCCGCGGCGCCGCCUCCCCUCCCCCACGCGCACCCCCUCCCCGCGGGCGUCCCGAGGGCCGCCGCCGCCGCCGCUUCCUGCGGGAGCCCGUCCGAUCGCCGACACUCCUUCUCCUGAGAGCGAGCCGCCGACCCGCCGAGCAAAAUGGGAAAUGAGGCAAGUUACCCCUUGGAAAUGUGCUCACACUUUGAUGCUGAUGAAAUCAAAAGGCUAGGAAAGAGAUUUAAGAAGCUUGAUUUGGACAAUUCUGGUUCUUUGAGCGUGGAAGAGUUCAUGUCUCUGCCUGAAUUACAACAGAACCCUUUAGUGCAGCGAGUAAUAGAUAUAUUCGACACAGAUGGGAAUGGUGAAGUAGACUUUAAAGAAUUCAUUGAGGGAGUCUCUCAGUUCAGUGUCAAAGGAGAUAAGGAGCAGAAAUUGAGGUUUGCUUUCCGUAUCUAUGACAUGGAUAAAGAUGGCUAUAUUUCCAAUGGGGAACUCUUCCAGGUGUUGAAAAUGAUGGUAGGGAACAAUCUGAAAGACACACAGUUACAGCAAAUCGUAGACAAAACCAUAAUAAAUGCAGAUAAGGAUGGUGAUGGAAGAAUAUCCUUUGAAGAAUUCUGUGCAGUAGUAGGUGGCCUAGAUAUCCACAAAAAGAUGGUGGUAGAUGUGUGACUCUUUUUAAGAGCACCACCCAACACUUUUGCUUUCUUCUCCAUCUCUGAAGAUCUGCUCAAGAUGUCCAGCAAUGCUCUCUGUGUAUUUAAAUGGAAGUAUUUUUCUCUGUGAAGCCACAUUUUCCAACAUGAGCCUCAUGAAGCCAACUAAGUGUUAUUGAACUCUUAUUCUCUCAAUAACUCAGUGUAGCACUUUAAAGUCUGAAGGGCAGCAGCAUGAAAAGAGCAUAUCAUUGUGGUGGAGAAAGGGAAGGGUUGGCUUUUUAAUUUAUUUUUCUUCAUCUUUUAUAACAAGAAAGUAUCUAUAUAUACAUAUGUAAAUAUUUAUAUAUAGAUAUAUGUAGCUUUCUAUAUAUGUAGUAGGUUGGCUUUAAUUUAAUGUACUUGAUUCAGAAACAAAGUGAUAGAGUACAAAAGUGCCAAGCAGAACAUACAACAUCCUUACUUUUAUUUCACACAGUUUUAUAUAUAGAAGAUUGUACAAUUUGAACCAGGUGUUAGGCCAGCUAUUUUAUUUUUCUGUGCUUUCUCCUUUGAGAGAUUGACAAAGCAUUUGUUAACGUCCUAUUAUUUUACCUUAAUUACAUUUUUGUAACGAAAGUGUCUGUAACUUUAUUUAUAUCUAUGAAUAUAUUUCCAGGGACUGCGUCUCAUUGCUGAACAGCUUUAAAUCCAUCUUUGCUUGAGGAGAAAGUAUAGUUCAAUGCUACUGCCAAGAGCUAGUUCUUGUGUUCAUAUAGUAGCUGCAUAAUGAUAUGGCUGCUUCAUUCUGUUACUUAGUAACUAGAAGCCAUUACACUUAUCCCAUGUCCCCAAAUAAGUUGUGAUUCUCUAUAUAUAAAGCCAGAAGCUAUCUCUGGCGAUCACGAUUUAUCUUAUGUAUUAUUUCAUUGAAGAAUACCUAAAAUAAUCAUGUAACUGUUUAGGGUAUCCUUUUGCUUCUUUACAUGGAUAAAUAAUUUAAUUAAAAUUGUGUUUGACCAUGAAUUUCCCUUUUGUGUUUUAACAGACUUGCAGCUAAUUAAAAUAUAUAUAUAUUUAACAUGCAUGUAUGUAUUUAGAAAUCCAUAUAUAUUUGUGAUUUAAAGGGGGGAAUAUUGCUAAUUUAUAUGCCACAGAAAAGCAAAAUUUAUCCAAAUUUAUACUUAAAAUUCCUUACCACAAGGCAUAGAGUGCAUGUCUUCUUGGUUUUGCCCUUAUAUUUGGUAAUGAACGCUGACUUAAUACAUGUGUGUGAUAUAAAAGUAGUGUAUCAUUUCCACCACUUGACGUUAUCCCUUCCCUUUUCUGCAAAGGUACUAUUGGCUGGAAGAAAACAUUUCUGUUAGCUGUAUGACAGUAGUCUUCCCCUAUGUAAUUUUUCUAUACAAACUGGUUUUCUAAUCGAGAGUAAAGUGGCAGGUUGAAUCAGGGUGAAUCAGUCUUACUGAAUUGAGCAUACCUGCCUGCCGUCGCUGUUCCUUCAACUGAGUGCUGCACAUCAUGGGCUCUGUCUGUGAGAGAAAAAUCCCGGUGCUUGGUGUCCUUGCAUGACAUGGAGUUUUGCAUGUAGAUCGAUUUAAAAUGUACCUCUUGUUUACAUCAUUUGCAUAAUUUUGAAAGAUAAUGUUGCCAAACUUUGGAAAUGUUGACGUUCAAACUGAAAAUCUCCACUACAUGUAACUUUCUUCCUCUGGAUCAGUACGUGGCUUAUAAUCCCAGCCAGUGGUUUGAUCUGUUCCAGUGUCAACUGCCAUGUGCUCUGCUUCAAGGGGGAACUAGUCUUUUGUGAAUUUUUUGUACAUAAGUAUUUGUUACAAAUAUUUUAGCAAAUGCUUUCUAUUUCUCUUGCUUGUGCAUAUCUUGGCUGGCGUUAUAGAAAAGUAGUGCAAACAUUAUUUCCUUAAUGGGAAUGAGGGGGUUUUAUUUCCCUUUUUUUUUUUUUUUUUUUUUUUUUAGUGUUGGGGGGUGAGGAAUGGGUGGGGCGGUUUAUGUUGAAUGUUUAGUUUUUAUUCUGCAUGAUAUGUCAUGUUGUGGGAUCUUUAGAAAACUUCAUACUGUAUGAAUAAGGAAAUAAAAUAUUUGAAACUUG